AACGCCUGCCUUACGUAAAGCAAACGCUUUUUUAAAAUUACGUUACAAACUAAGAUGUAAACAGGACUCUGUACAUAUUGAUCUAAGUUCUUUGAUCUGCACCUCACCUUGGACAGGGAUCGAGGGUCGAUGUCGACGUUUCUAGUGACAGUGAUUGUGCUGUGCUUGCUGAUAUUUGUGCUGGCUAUGAUUGUGCUGCUGCUUCGAUGUCUGUUCAAAAAACAGCGGCCUAUACCGGGCAGUGCUACCAGAGUCGUAGGUGUGCGAAGACUUUCAGCUGACAAUGAGAGGUACCAUGUUACAAUGUUUCCACAUCGUUUAAUUCUAACCCCUCAAGAAGCGGAGAUGAUAGGGGACCCGGAUCAGCCCUCACCUGGAAUUCUUCUAUGCAGCCCCAAACACACCGCUCACUCAGAAGAUACACCAGCGACUGCGUCAGUUGUCGCUCCCACCGCCAAGUCACGCGAUAACUUCUUUUGAGAAACAUGCAGCAUCAAAAUUACGAUGCAUACCUAUUGUAUAAUAGCAUGUAAAUGACCGCAUCCUAGGCAAUUUUUGUAUCAUUGGAGUACAUACACAAAAUUGUGAAGGUUUUUGAAAUGAUUUAUAAAACAAAUAAUGUAUUAAUUUAUACGUUUAAAAAAAUCGUGCUGUACAUACGUGAUAUGACUGAAUAUUUUCAUGAUUUUGCUGUUAAUUUUUUUUA